AUGCACCUGGCCGGACCUGGCGGGAACCUUGACGACCUUUGCCGACUGCAGUACGACGCUGACGGCGAGCCCGCCGCCGCGCAUGACCACCUGCACGUGCAUACCCAACGCCGCCGUGCUGACCAGCCUUCCGCGGGUCAGGAGCUAGGCAGCCUUGUGCUCUUGGUGCUGUUGUAUAUGGUCCAGGGGGUGCCGCUUGGGCUAUCGACUGGUGCAUUGCCGUUCAUGUUGUCAUCCAAGCUCUCGUAUACCCAGAUGGGCAUCUUUGCCCUGUCAUCGUAUCCAUAUUCGCUCAAGCUGCUGUGGAGUCCGAUUGUAGAUUCGCUGUACAGCCGCUGGCUGGGUCGCCGUAAGAGCUGGAUCGUGCCCAUCCAGCUAAUCACCGCUUACCUACUAAUCACGUGCGCGGACUGGAUCCAGAGCCUGUACGAUCAGGCCGAUGUAGGAACCCUGACAUGGUUGUUUGGCGUGGUCGUGUUCCUCAUGGCGACGCAGGACAUUGCGGUGGACGGCUGGGCGCUGACACUGCUGUCGCCCGCCAACGUAUCGUACGCCUCUACGUGCCAGACGGUUGGCCAGACCACGGGCAUCUUCACCUCCUUCACCGUCUUCUUGGCGCUCCAGGACCCGGCCUUUUGCAACAGUGUGCUUGGUUCUCAGCCGUCUGACGUGGGGCUGGUCUCCCUGGCCGGGUACAUGCGCUUCUGGGGCUGGGGCUUUGCCGCCGUGACCGUCAUCAUCGCACUGGCGGUGAAGGAGAAUAAUGGCCCGCGGGUCACACUGAAGGGUGCCGCCGAAUUUCGCGGCGCUGCUGUUAGUGAGAAGAGGAGCAACAAUGAAGGGUCGGUUGCGGUUUCGGAGCUGAGAGAUGCGUACGUGCAGCUUUGGCGAGUGAUUCGGCUGCCGGCAGUGUGGCGGCUGACUGCGCUGCUGUUGAGUUACCGGCUGGGGGUAUUGGCUGCGGAAGGGGCGGCGAGCCUCAAGUUGAUCGACAAGGGGGUGGCCAAGGAAGCUCUGGCAUUCUUGGUGCUAUUCCAGUUCCCGUUAGAGCUGCUAUCGGCGGUGAUCGCGGGUCGCUGGGCCGCCAGUCACUCGCCUUACUGGCCCUUCAUCACGGGCUACUGGUUGCGGCUGGUAACCGCCACCGCCACAGUUGCCGUCACUGUCGCCUUCCCCGCGGGGGCGAGCUCACUGGCGGAUCACAGCCGCGCAUUUGGUGCAUUGGCCGCAGUGUCCCUGGCCACGUCCUUCGUGUCGUAUCUGGGUUUCACGGCGCAGGGAUCCUUCUUCAAUACCGUUAGUGACCCUGACAUGGGCGGCACCUACCUCACGCUGCUCAACACGAUUGCUAACAUGGGCUUCAUGCUGCCGCGGACGCCGCUGUUCUGGCUGAUGGACGCGCUCACAGUGACGAGAUGUACAGCACCUGAUGGGCGGGCACUGCCGUACAGCUGCCCGAAGAAGAUGACCGACAUGGCACGACGGGACAGUGUAUGCGCAACACUUGGUGGCGAAUGCAGCCUGGCGAGUGAUGGUUAUUACAUCGUGUCGGUGGCAUCGUUAGUGGUAGGCGUGGGUUUGGGAGUGCUGUACGUGCGGUUCGUGUGGCGGUUGAUGCGCGAGCCGCUGGUGAGCUGGCGGGUGAGGAGCGUGGGUGGCGGCGGAAGGAGCACGGAGGCAGCAGCGGAGAGCGCCUCAAGGACCGAGAAGGAGCUACGAAACGACGAGGAAUAG